AUGGAAAGUGCUAAGGAAGCUGCGGCGUCGGUCACGGAACGUGUUAGCGACUUCUUUCAGGGCAAUCCGUUUGCUACUCCGGUUGGACGCAAAAUCGAAAUGGCAACUGAUGCAACUAUUUUGGCAACUGAAAAUUGGGGAUUAAAUAUGGAAAUCUGUGAUUUCAUCAACAACACAGCAGAAGGAGGACGCGAUGCAAUGCGCGCAAUUCGUAAACGACUACAUUCACAGAUGUCAAAAAAUAAUGCUGUUGUUAUGUAUACACUAACAGUGUUAGAAACGUGUGUAAAAAACUGUGAUAUCCGAUUUCACGAAUUGGUUUGUCAGAAGGACUUUAUAAACGAACUUGUUAGGCUUCUCGGUCCAAAGUUUGAUGCGCCCCAAGUAAUACAGGAACAUGUUCUCGGCUUAAUACAGUCAUGGAACGAUGUAUUUCAAGUUGAUCCACGUUUACAAGGUGUUUGCCAAAUUUACAAUGAACUGAAAGCAAAAGGCGUUCAAUUUCCCGUUGCAGAUCCUGGUUCGGUGGCACCAAUAUUGACCCCCAAAAGAACUGUGUUUUCGGUAAAAAAACCAGUGGCUACUAAUGUUCAAGAUGAUACAGGACAGCGCAUGUUGAAUCCCGAAUCACAGAACUUUGCUGGUCCGUCGCAGUCUGUGCAACCCACACCAGAGCAACUGGAUAAAUUACGCAAGGAACUCGAUGUAGUAAACGGCAAUUUGAAGGUUAUGCGGGAAUUAUUAUCUGAAAUGGUUCCGGGGAAAGAGGCUCCGGAUGACUUGCAGUUAUUGGAUGAAUUGCAUAUUGUUGUAAAGCAGAUGCAUAUAAGAAUCCAAGACCUUAUUCGUUCCGUUCAGAAUGAUGAAAUUAUGUACGAACUGCUGAUGGUAAACGAUGAUUGUAACAAUCUUUUUGAAAAAUAUAAUCGCUACAUGGUCAAUCGUGCAUGUGGUACGAAAGAAAAUGCGGGUUCGGAGAGCAAUUUGAUUGAACUAGAUGACCAGACAUUGAAUCAGCAGCUUGAUGCAUUGAAAAUUUCUAAUGCUUCUAAUUUUACCGGGGCAGAAGAUUCUGGUAUACGGGAGCAAACUGGUAUCAUUCAACGGGCAGUGAUAACAAACAAAAAUGCUCCAGUUAGUGACAGAGAAGCAGCCGAAAUGGCGGAAUGGUUAGAAGCUCAAGAAGGCAAGAAAGAGAGUGCUGUCGCUUCUUCUGUAACAAUCCCAAAUGAGGGUGAAACACCUCUGCACGAUCAAUCAACAUCGAAGGACAAAGCGAAAACGACACUUUAA